GGCGAGGCGAGGCGAGGCGGCGAGGCGGCGGAGGACGGUGUGCGGCGGGACCGGAGGAGGGUGGAGGUGUGAGGGCGCCGAGGGACCUGAGGGGGAGCCGGGCCGGUGGGGCCGCCGCCGCCGCCAUGCAGGAAAUCAUCGCCAGCGUGGACCACAUCAAGUUCGACUUGGAGAUCGCGGUGGAGCAGCAGCUCGGGGCGCAGCCGCUGCCCUUCCCCGGCAUGGACAAGUCGGGGGCUGCUGUCUGCGAGUUCUUUUUGAAAGCUGCCUGUGGCAAAGGGGGCAUGUGCCCAUUCCGCCACAUCAGCGGCGAGAAGACAGUUGUGUGCAAACACUGGCUGCGGGGGCUAUGCAAGAAGGGGGACCAGUGCGAGUUCCUGCACGAGUACGACAUGACCAAGAUGCCCGAGUGCUACUUUUAUUCGAAGUUUGGGGAAUGUAGCAACAAGGAGUGUCCCUUCCUGCACAUCGACCCCGAGUCCAAGAUCAAGGACUGCCCUUGGUACGACCGAGGCUUCUGCAAGCAUGCCCUCGAUUUGAACUGCCCAUGGGAACCACCGAGCAGCCCCCACUGCCGCAGCAGACGCAGCCUCCAACAAAGCAGAGAGCCCCACAGGUCAUCGGGGUCAUGCAGAGUCAAAACAGCAGCGCAGGCAACCGGGGACCCCGGCCGCUGGAGCAGGUCACCUGUUACAAGUGUGGUGAAAAAGGACACUACGCCAACAGAUGCACCAAAGGGCACUUGGCCUUUCUCAGUGGACAGUGACAGCAGCUGGAGGCAGCUCAGAGCAGCCCGAGGGGCCCUGUUGUUGGAGACAACUCUGGGUCAUCCUUGGGAGCGUGCAUUUAACUGUUUAAUGCCAGCGUUGGUGCAACUCUGGCUAGAGCUGGCAGGCAGGCAUGCUGGGUUCAUCCUUCUGAGGGGCCACGUCUGUCAGUUUCCCUAUCAUUUUGCUGUAAUCUUUUUUUAAAACGGGGACGUGUGUUCCAGUUUGGUCCCUCAGGUCAGCAUCAUGUUUGUCUAGGCAUCAAGGCCUCCUGGCUGGGACUCCUUGCACACUGCCCUCUGAGGAGGGGAGGAGGCAGGGGCAGGGCUUGUGCUAAGCAGUUCUGUGUAGGAGACGGUCCUUCCCCUCAGGGUCUCAUUAAACACCCGUUCUUGGUGACCCCAGGGGCUGGUGGGUCAUUUAAAGCUGCCGCCAGGUCAGGCCUGCUUCCUCCAUAUCCUGCUGGAUUCCGGAGCUGUGCCUAUCAAUGUGAUUUGAAGGAGGCAGCCCUUCAGGGCAAACUCAAGGGCGCUUGUUGCCUUGGCCUGGUCCUGCUCCUGCUCCAAGGUGGCAGUGGCUGAGAGGCGUGCAGGCCUCUCAAGGUGAGGCUCUUUUUCCUCUGGGCUUAUUUUCUUGGGGCACCUGCUUAACAGUGUUUAAGGUAUACCUUAAGCUGGAGCUGCAGACCACCCUUUGAAUAGAUGACCCAGUCCAUCUGUGCACCUACCUCCUGCCCCAUCAAGCGUCUGUGCUGUCAUUCAGACACCUCUGGCCUUUGGAGGAGACCACCCUGCUCCUGAGCCUGGAAAUGUGAAACUGUCACCUGCAACCUGCUGGGCAAGUGGGCCUAUCCAAGUUCAAUUACAAGAACAAUUUUUAUGAAGUUGAUUAAAGCUUGUUUUUUAA